AUGCUCCGAUAUCAAUCAGAUUCAUCCAGUACUGAAACGUCCACCGAGAAUACAUAUGUCAUCGAUUUCUCGUAUGCUCUUGAUCUCGCCGAUCUGUCACUAGAGCGCUGUUUCAAGCUCGUAGAGUCUACCAGCCGAUCCGAUUACCAUGCCAGCAGCCGUGGUUGGCGCCCAGGGCAGAAAAGAACAGAAAUGAGACAGACGGAGCUCCGUUAUCUCACCGUCAAGCGCAGAUCCAACGCCGAAAAUGAUUCAACCGGUCAGAAGGACGAAGGAUGUGAAGGGGACAUGGAUUUCCAAGGAUUUCUGAGCUUCAUGGUUACACAUGAAGAUGGGUUUGCAGUUAUUUAUGUCUAUGAGAUCCACCUCACUGAAAGUGCGAGAGGUAAAGGCCUCGGACAACAUCUCUUCAGCAUCGUAGAGAAGGUUGCGGAGCAGCUCGGGCCGGCCAUCGAGAAGGUCAUGUUGACCUGCUUUGUCGCGAAUACUUCUGCAGUUCAGUUCUAUCACAGACUCGGCUUCGAUGUCGACGGUUCUUCGCCUCGGGCGCGCAAGAUCCGUGGCAAGCUGAUAUCGCCCGAUUACGUGAUUUUGAGCAAGUUGAUGAAGCAAGCCAACGACACUCGCACAUAA